CAGAGCCCAGAGGGGCUCGGGAUUGCGGAAGUUUUGUGAGGAGGGUCGGGCGGCCGGAUAGUGCAGUGUUGCUUUAGAACAAAUUCCAGAAGGCAGUCUGCUGCUCGGGUCCGAAAACCACCAGCUUCCCCGGGUUUGGGGCUGUAACACCGGGGGCUCUUCGACUUCGCCGCUGUUGGCUCUCCUCGUCCCUCGGUCCCCCUCAGGGAACCGCCUCGGAUCUCCGCCAUGGCAUCCACUUCGCCCAACCUCCAGAAAGCAAUAGAUCUUGCUAGCAAAGCAGCACAAGAAGACAAAGCUGGGAACUACGAAGAAGCCCUUCAGCUCUAUCAACAUGCUGUACAGUAUUUUCUCCAUGUAAUUAAAUAUGAAGCACAGGGUGAUAAAGCCAAGCAAAGUAUCAGGGCAAAGUGUACAGAAUAUCUAGAUAGAGCAGAAAAACUAAAGGAGUACCUAAAAACAAAAGAGAAAAAACCACAGAAGCCAAUGAAGGAGGGACAACCGAGUCCAGCUGAGGAGAAGGGGAAUGACAGUGAUGGGGAAGGAGAAUCUGAUGAUCCAGAAAAAAAGAAACUACAGAAUCAACUUCAAGGUGCCAUUGUUAUAGAGCGGCCAAAUGUGAAAUGGAGUGAUGUUGCUGGUCUUGAAGGAGCCAAAGAAGCACUUAAAGAGGCUGUGAUAUUGCCUAUUAAAUUUCCUCAUCUUUUUACAGGCAAGAGAACACCUUGGAGGGGAAUCCUAUUAUUUGGGCCACCUGGAACAGGAAAAUCCUAUUUAGCCAAAGCUGUAGCAACAGAAGCAAACAACUCAACAUUUUUUUCAAUAUCAUCCUCUGACCUUGUUUCUAAGUGGCUAGGUGAAAGUGAAAAACUGGUUAAGAACUUAUUCCAGCUUGCCAGAGAGAACAAGCCUUCCAUUAUCUUCAUUGAUGAAAUUGAUUCUCUGUGUGGUUCAAGAAGUGAGAAUGAAAGUGAAGCUGCACGUAGAAUUAAGACAGAGUUUCUAGUUCAAAUGCAAGGGGUUGGUGUGGACAAUGAUGGAAUUUUGGUUCUGGGAGCUACAAAUAUACCCUGGGUUCUGGAUUCUGCCAUUAGGCGAAGAUUUGAGAAAAGAAUUUAUAUUCCUUUGCCCGAAGCCCAUGCCCGAGCAGCAAUGUUUAAACUGCACUUAGGGACCACUCAGAACAGUCUAACAGAAGCAGAUUUCCGAGAACUUGGGAAGAAAACUGAUGGUUAUUCAGGGGCAGACAUAAGUAUCAUUGUACGUGAUGCACUUAUGCAGCCUGUUAGAAAAGUACAGUCAGCAACUCAUUUUAAAAAGGUUCGUGGACCUUCACGAGCUGAUCCCAACUGCAUUGUAGAUGACCUGCUAACACCCUGUUCUCCAGGUGAUCCUGGUGCCAUUGAAAUGACAUGGAUGGAUGUUCCUGGAGAUAAACUUUUGGAGCCAGUUGUUUCUAUGUCGGAUAUGUUGCGGUCAUUGUCUAACACAAAACCCACAGUCAAUGAACACGAUUUGUUGAAAUUAAAGAAGUUUACAGAAGAUUUUGGCCAAGAAGGCUAAACCAAAGACAACAAGGAAGAUGUUUACUAUAUGUAUUCUUUCUUUCAUAGAUAUUUUUGUCUUUCUUGGAUGGCAUUCAGAUUAUUUCCAGUAAAACUCUUUUACCACAGGGAAAUACACAUCUUGCUUCAGAGUUCCUUUAAGUUUUAUAUUAUACUUUUCCUCCACUACCUACUAAGUGCACCUUUUAACAAAUUAUAAAAUAAUGCGUUAUAAGGAAAUAGUGAUAUAUCAAUGGCAAAAAAUAGAAAUUACCCAGUAAAAAGAGUUUUAGAAGUUGAUUGACACUCAAGUACUUAAAAUUUUUAUGAAUGGUAGUCUUUGCAAGAGCAUUUAUCAUUUUUUUUUGACUAAAAUGAAAUAGGGCUUAUUUUAUAUUUUGAAAAAAAAUUGCUAAACAUUAUCAAUGUAAAAUUGAUUUUCUUCAUGAAAAAAUUAAAAAUGGUGAAAUCUUUACUCUCAGGGAUGGGCAAUAAAACAGCAAAGAGCACUGUAAUUGGGUUUGAAAGAUUCUGAAUUGUGUUAUAGUCAGUGCUCUUAGUGAUUUUUAAUAGGUCGAUGUGGUUUUUUUCUGUGUAGAUUUAAAUAAUUUCUUUAAAAUUAGGAAGCUUUUAUAUUUAACUAAAUGAUACCUUUCACUGUGCAAUCUCAAGAGAAAGAUUUUCUAAAUUAGGCUUUACCUUGAAGGAGAAAAUUGCCUAUUUCAGUGUCUUUUUGUAGCAAGAUUGACCAAAACAGGUGGUAAAUAAAUAUGUAAUUUUAAAAUAA